AUGGAUACCAUCAAGCAGGCCGGCAACUACGUCUCGGACAAGGUCCAGAGCGCCACCAGCGGUGUCUCCAAGGAGGCCAACAAGGACAUUGCCAAGGACAACAACGCCAGCAUCGGCACUCGUGUCGAGGCUGCCGGUGAUGCCCUCUCCGACAAGGCCAAGGAGCACAAGCACGACGCUUCGGCCGAGGCCAACAAGCAGGCUGCCACCCACUAA